AUGAACGGAAGGAAAGUGGUAACGAGCGCUAUCAUCGUGUCGCCGCCCAAGGAUACGUGGGGACCCAUCCAAGACAUCAGGCUGAAGUUCGAUAAGGCCUACAAGCGUUGGAUGCCCCACAUCAAUCUCAUCUACCCGUUCUUCCCUCAGUCCCAGUUCGAGUCGGUGCUGCCCGAGCUCAAGGCGGGACUCGCCGGCGUGGCUCCCUUCACCGUGCGCUUCGAAACGUUUGACUACUUCGAGCACGGCGCCAGCAGCUGUACCCUCUUCCUCAAGCCCACCGUACAGCCUCCGAAUGCGCUGCGCGAGCUGCAGGCGGCGCUGGAACGCGUCUUCCCGGCGUGCAACGAACAAUCGACCAAGAGCGAGGACGGCUUCCAUGCUCACCUCACCGUAGGCCAAUUUAGGGGCAAGGCUAUGGCCGAGAGGAAGAAGGCCGAGCUGCUGCGCUCGUGGAAACCGAUCGAGUGGCGUGUGGACCACGUGCAGCUCAUUAGCAGGACAUCGACCGACCCCUUCGAGGUGAUCAACACCGUGCCGCUCGGCGUGGCCCCGACGCCGGCCCGCACUGCUCCCUCCUCGGUGUCUGCCAGCCCCGCGCGCAACCAACCUGCGCAACCCCAGCCUCAGACCCGGGCGCCCAGGCCGUCCCCUACCAGACAAUCGUCGGAGACAGGCGCCCACAAGACUCCGCCCCAGCCGGACGAAACGGAGGGCAUCGUGAUCGAGCGUCUCAAAGUGUGGAUCGCGCGCAACUCGGCGGGACCCAAGGCAAGUCUGCCCAAGACCAAGGCCAAGCUCCGCGCCGCGAUCAAGCCCAUGUGCUCCGUCAAGGCCCAGCACCUCGACGUGGACGAAGCCGUGCGACAGCUGCAGAGCGAGGGCCACUUCAGUGUGGAUGGUGCGGGAAAGAUCACGUUCCUCAAGAAGAAGGCGGCUGAGGAGAGCGACAGGUUCAGCACCAACAGCUUUGUCGCCCGCGAGUCCUAUCGCAUGGCCAACGAAACCCGCAAGGAUCCCGCCAAACUCGCGUUGGUGAGGUGCAGGGAGUGGGUGGAAGCGCCGCUCAACAAGCCCACGACGCUCGACGCGCUGAAGAACUCGCUGCGGCAGCUGUGUGUUAGUAAGGACGAGGUGGCGCCCGACGACGCCGUGAAGCUGCUCGAAGCCCACAACGUCGUCUUCAUCGACCUAGACGACAAGGUGACCUACGCCGAUAUCUAG